AAAAUAAAAAUAAAAAUUGUAGAGAGAGAAAGAGAUAGGGACUAGAGAGAGAUGGUGAGGAGGGAGAGCACACUUUAUUACCUUUUUUAUGAUGCACGCAUCCAUGGCAGAACAGGGAAGGGUACAGAGUACUCUCUGCUGCGACACAAGGGUAGAAGAAGAGAUUAGAAGAAACAACAACACCACCUCUACCCACAACAACAACAGCUGCUAAGUCUAGAGAGAGAGAGAGAGAGAAAGAGAAGAGAGAGAGAGUUGAAAUGGAACUCUGGCAAAUAGUAAAGUAAGAUAUGAUGGAACUGAGAAGGAAGACAGAGAACUUGUUCAGUAAUGGUGAGCUACAGAAAAGAAAGAAUCAAUUUUUUGAAAUGGGUUUGUUUAGUUUGAGCUGAAAAGAUUUCAUGGCAUGCAAAGAGUGGAUGGUGGGUGUGAAUUUGAGGAAGACUCAGAAGAAAAACGAAGAGCUUUUUCUGCACAAAUCUAAAAAGAACCCAUUUUCUGAGCUUAACCCAUUGCUCUGCCUCUUGUUCUUGUUUCCCUGAGCAAAUCUUCUGCAACUUGGUUUGAUCUUUCCAAAGGUUUGAGCUUUUUUUAAUUUUAAUUUUUGGGUUUGUGAUAUUUAUGCAAGAGGGAUGCCCUUUCAUUUUCAGCAAGGGAAGGGGGUCUUAGAAAUCGCAAAUACAAGCUUAGCUUCAAUUUUCACAGACAACGUCAACAGCAACAGCGACAAGUACUUGAGCCAGAAAGACGACUGCUUUUUCUACAACAACAGCUUUGUGAGCAGCGAACCCAACUCUGUUCUUCAUAUGAGAAGAAGCCCGAGCCCACCCACUUCUGCAUCGACUCUCUCUUCGUCUUUCAACGGCGGUGGUGGUGGUGGGGGUGACAAAACGACGCCGCUGGCGGCGGAGACAUCGCCUCCGGUGGGACCCGCGUCGACCAAAGACGAGUGGGCCUGCGAGCUUCAAUCGAUUCCGAGCGGCGGGUUGGAGGCCGUGACUGGAUCAGGAGGCGUCGAGAGAUGCGGGCUUGGGCUUGGUGGGUUGGAGGACUGGGAGACCAUGCUCUCCGAAACGGCGGCGUCUCCGGGUCAAGACCAGUCGCUUCUCCGGUGGAUCGCUGGGGAUGUGGACGACACGUCGUUUGGGCUCAAGCAGCUCUUGCAGAGCGGGAACCAGAACGGCAGCAACAACAACAACAGCAACCCUCUUGAUUUUGACGGCAAUGCCGGUUUGGGAAUCGUCGAUCAGGGCCCGGGUUUCGACCUAAUCGGUAGCAGCGUUUCGGGCACGAGUGUUUCGGGGCCGAAUUUCGGGUUUUCCAGUUCUGGGUUUGUGAGCAACGGCAAUAAUAGCAGUAAUGGGAAGGUGGGUUUUGUGCCUGGCUCUUCUGGGUUGCUAAAUUACAAGGUUUCAAAUGUUGGGUUGAUGCACAACAACAACAAUGGUGGGGGCAACAGUGUCAAUUGCAACAUUCAAAACCCCAUUUUCUUUAAUUCAUCAAACACUAUGGCUCUUCCUGUUUCUUUGCCUCUUGGUCAUGUGGUUUACCAGCAGCAACAGUUUGAGAGCAGCCCAGAUGAGAAGCCUCAGAUUCUGAACCCACAGCUGUUCGUGAACAACCCGAAUCAGCAGUCUCAGCUUUCUCAAAAUCCAAACUUUUUUAUGCCACUGGCUUAUGCCCAGCAAGAACAACACCACCUGCUUCAGUCCCAGGCCAAACGCCACAACUCGGGUGGAAUUGUAGACCCUGGCUCGCAUCAGAUCCAAAAAGUUCAGUUUUCUGAUCCGGGUCAUGAGUUUUUGCUGAGAAAACAUCAGCAGCAGCAGCAGCAGCAAUUUGGGUAUCCUCAAGGCAUGCAAUUUCUGCCUCAGCAGCAUCAUGUUCCGCAGAAGCCAUUGAUGGUGCCGAAGCCGAAGGUUGCGGUGGGCCAUGGUGAAGAAAUGGCUCACCAGCAACAGCUCCAGCAUACUUUGCUCGACCAGCUCUAUAAGGCCGCAGAGCUGGUAGGGACUGGGAACUUUUCACACGCGCAAGGGAUAUUGGCGCGGCUCAAUCACCAGCUUUCCCCUGUUGGAAAGCCCCUUCAGAGGGCUGCUUUCUAUUUCAAGGAGGCUUUGCAACUCCUCCUCCUCAUGAACAAUCCAGCUACCUCUCCUCCACCAAGAACCCCAACCCCAUUUGAUGUCAUCUUCAAAAUGGGUGCUUACAAAGUGUUCUCUGAAGUUUCUCCACUUAUUCAGUUUGUCAAUUUCACCUGCAACCAGGCUCUUCUUGAGGCCGUCUCAGACACAGAUCAGAUUCACAUUGUCGAUUUUGAUAUUGGGUUUGGUGCUCAUUGGGCUUCCUUUAUGCAGGAGCUUCCUGUCAGGAAUAGGGGAGCUACUGCCCCUUCACUCAGAAUCACUGCAUUUGCCUCUCCUUCGACUCACCACCCGGUUGAGCUCGGGCUUAUGCGUGAUAAUCUAACCCAAUUUGCCAAUGAGAUUGGGAUAAGUUUUGAGCUUGAAGUGGUUAACUUUGAUUCUCUGGACCAGAGCUCUUACUCCCUGCCCAUUUUUCGAGCCAACGAUAAUGAGACAGUUGCUGUGAAUUUCCCCAUUUGGUCUACUUCAAAUCAACCGGCUGCGUUGCCCAAUCUCCUUCGCUUUGUGAAGCAGCUGUCUCCCAAAAUUAUGGUGUCCUUGGAUAGAGGGUGUGAUAGAAGUGACCUUCCAUUCCCGCAGCACAUUCUGCAGGCCCUCCAGUCCUACAUAAACCUUUUGGAAUCUCUUGAUGCGGUUAAUGUGACCUCAGAUGCUGUGAACAAGAUUGAGAGGUUCCUUCUUCAGCCGAAGAUUGAGAGCACUGUUCUAGGGCGUCUUCGAGCCCCGGACAAAAUGCCCCUUUGGAAAACGCUUUUUGCCUCUGCCGGUUUCACCCCUGUACCCUUCAGUAACUUUACUGAAACGCAGGCAGAAUGUGUGGUGAAGAGGACUCCAGCAAGGGGAUUUCAUGUGGAGAAGCGUCAAGAGUCACUUGUUCUAUGCUGGCAGCGUCGAGAGCUCAUCUCUGCUUCAGCCUGGAGGUGCUGAGGAGCAGCAUUUUGACAAGCAGGGGAGGUUGGUUUUUUGCAACUCACAAUUUAUCGCAGAGGUCCAGCUUAGUCUACUCUGAUAAUAUGUCAAUAAAUAUUGAACUAUCUUCUUGGCGCCUCUGUUAUGACUUAAUCCUUGUGAAUUGUCACGUUUGUGAGUCUCCUUUGCUUAUUGUGUAUCUAGUCUAGACAGACUAGUAUUUCAACAAAUCGUCUAACAGGGAAGCCUAGUAGAGUCGUAUUUCUUUUGAACAUGGAUAUUGGUGCUGUGGUACUUCAAUGUUUAAAUAGGAAAGCUGCAUUUUCUUCUGGUUAAGGUGGUUAUAAUAUGUUGUAUACUUGGCAACAAAUGAACGAUAAAUGGAAAAACAACUUACCGGAUUUUAAUUCA